CGAAGAAGGACCGGCGAGAGAGAGAAGGACCUUCUCGCUUCGGGGACCAGUUGGCUGGGGAGGGGGCGCGCAUGCGCAGUGGCUUCACCUAGCGGGCGCCGGCCAUGGCUGAGUGGACUCCUGCCCAGGUGAGAGGGGUUAACCCUGCGCUGCCCGGGUGGGAGGAAGGGGAGGGGCCUUUAAAAGACACCCCCCGGCUGGUCACCAUUUAAAAGGGGGGGGGAGGAGGACCCGCAAAAGAUUUCCCCAGGUGUGUUUUUGGGGGGCCACACUGGAGCCCAGAUUGGUUUGGGGGGCUGCCCCCUCACUGCAUCCUUUUGGGGGGUCCACAGGUGCCAACUGGAAUAAAAUAUUGGGGGUCCAAGCAAGCCCCGCCCUGCAUCAUCGAUCUCACACACACACCCCAUUUGAAUGGCAAUGGCCAUCAACUUUUUUGAGGGGGGCUGGUCCCCUCAAAUAUUUUAUUGGGGGGGAGAGAGCUAAGCCCCCUGGGAAUUGGCUUCAUGCAAGGCGGGGGGCUGGUUGGUGUUCUGAGGUGGGGAGGGGGGAAAGGGAGGCAAGGGACCACCUUCUCCCCCCUUCUUGGCUGAUCAUGUAUUUUGGGGUGCAGGGGGGGCUGAGGUUUGAGAGAAAGGCGAGGUUUCAGCCUUUCGGCCCCAGGACUUACCUAUUUUUAUUCACUCUUUUGCACUGAUCUCCCACCUUUCUCUCUUCCCUACACAAACACACAGAGCUCAAGGGGGCGGCCGUGGUUCUCCCCACUUAUAUCCCCACAACAGCCCUGUGAGGUAGGUCGGGCGGAGAGCGGCAGCGAAUGGCUCCCAAGGUCACAGACAGCGAGCUGCACAGCCAAAGCAGGGGAGGAUUUGAACCCAGGUCUUCCCUACCCUAGCCAUUGCACCACACUGCCUCUCUCGUGAUGGGCAUAUCCCCCCCUCCCCCCAAAAACAGAGUUUCUCCUCAUGACAACACUGCGAGGCAGGUUAGGUGGAGAGGCGGUGACUGGCCCCCGAGGUCAUGUCGGGUGAGCUACACAGCCAAAGUGCAGGGAUUUGAACCCAGAUCCUAGUCAGACACUCUCUCCACUACUCCACCACUGGCUCUCUCAUCUCCCCAGAGGAUAUACAGCCCUGAAUCUCGUCUGCUUGCUCAUGUGAGAAACUUGAUCCCUCUUUUGGCCAAUGCUCAACUAAUAAAAUACCAUAAAAUUCAUAUAUAGCCAGUCAGUAAAAUAUCCCCCUUAAAAAUAAUAAUCCAUAAACAUAGAGAAUAUAUAGAACAUGGCUCAGGUAUUCUGGCCAAACAGGACAUUAACUUCAGAAGCAAUAUUAUUAUAUUGCGGAGAAAAAUUAACAAUAAUCUAAGAUAUACAAAAAGUUAAAAUGACAAUAGAUUAAAGCUGGCUUCCACUUUCUUAAUGCCGAGGGCUAAAGAAAAUUGUUGUUAGCAGGCGCCCAAAAAGACUACAGCGAAGGUGCCUGCCUGGCGUCUAGAGGCAGGGAGUUCCAAAGAUCAAGUUUUUGCAAAUGCUGACAAAACGUUGCCAUUGUGACACCAGUUCUCCGUGCCAAGCGGAUGUCACAGUGAUUCUGGCGCCAUGGAAAGCCCCCCUCUGCCUCGUCUUGCCUCUGUGUCUCCAUGGCCUGGUCUCCCCCUUCUUCCUGACACACUGUCUUUCCGCUUCCUUCUUCCUUUUCCCUCCCUCUCGCCUCUCUUUCUCCAGCUGCCCCCCACUCCUUCGCAAGCACCUUGCUCUGGUCUGACCCCCUUCUUGCCCGCAGGCUUGGGAAUGGGAGGUGGAGCCGCAACAUCUGGCCUCCUUCCAGCCGCCAGCCCUCUUUGACCAAGCCGCCGAGAGGGAGAUCUACCCGACGGCCGAGAUCUCGCUCUGGACCGUCGUGGCUGCCAUCCAAGCCGUGGAGAGGAAGGUGGACUCCUAUGCCACGCGGCUCCUCAACCUGGAAGGCCGGACGGCCACAGCCGAGAAGAAGAUCUUUGAGUGCGAGAAGACCGAGCUGGAGUUCAGCCACCACGUGGCCGCCCUGGGGACCCUCAUCCAGGAGUACGGCCUGCUCCAGAGGAGGCUGGAGAACAUGGAGAACCUGCUCAAGAACCGAAACUUCUGGAUCCUGAGGCUCCCCUUGGGACCGAAGGGAGAAAUCCCCAAGGUAAGAAAGAAAUAUGAAAGAAAUGAGCUUACCUGGUAGGUUCAGAAAAGGGCCACCAAGGGGAUAGUACUGUUUUGGGGGGACGGGGGGCAGGUGUGGAGGACUCCCUGGCCCUGAAUGGGGUAACGUGCCUCUGAAGGAGCAGGUGCGCAGCCUGGGAGUCAUUCUGGACUCACAUAUGUCCAUGGAGGCGCAGGUCAAUUUUGUGUCCAGGGCAGCUGUCUGCCAGCUCCAUCUGGUAUACAGGAUGAGACCCUACCUGCCCGCAGACUGUCUCACCAGAGUGCCACAUGCUCUAGUUAUCUCCCGCUUGGACUUCUGCCAUUCGCUCUACUUGGGGCUACCUUUGAAGGUGACCCAGAAACUACAACUAAUCCAGAAUGUGGCAGCUAGACUGGUGACUGGGAGCGGCCGCUGAGACCAUAUAACAUUGGUCCUGAAAGACUUUCAUUGGCUCCCUGUACGUUUCCAAGCACAAUUCAAAGUGUUGGUGCUGACCUUGAAAGCCCUAAAUGGCCUCGGCCCAGUAGACCUGAAGGAGCGUCUCCACCCCCAUCCUUCAGCCCCCCAGACACUGAGGUCCAGCUCCAAGGGCCUUCUGGUGGUUUCCUCCCUGCGAGACGUGAGGUUACAGGGAACCAGGCAGAGGACCUUCUUAGUAGUGGUGCCUGCCCGUGGAAAGCCCUCCCAUCACAAUGUCAAGGAAAUAAACAACUAUCUGAUUUGUAGAAGACAUCUGAAGGCAGCCCUGCUUCGGGAAGUUUUUAAUGUUUGAUUUUGUCACUUUUUUAUUAUGAAUAUUCCGAGUAGUAUCCUUGCUGCUGUUGUUGCAUACAUAAAAAUGUUUGGUCCUUCUUUGCCACCCCUUGGCUGACAAUACCCAAAAGGAAAGCCUCUGGUUUCUUAGUGAAAGUAUAUUUAAAUACCUUUUUCAAUUCAUUAUAAAUCAUUUCCCAGAACGCCUUCACUUUAGGGCAGGUCCACCAGAGGUGAAAGAACGUUCCUUCACACUCUUUACAUUUCCAGCACUUGUUAUCAGACAGGUGGUAAAUUUUAUGGAGUUUGACUGGGGUCAUAUACCAUCUAUAAAUCAUUUUCAUUACAUUUUCUUUCAAGGCAUUACAUGCAGUAAAUUUCAAUCCAUUACUCCACAGCCUUUCCCAGUCCUCAAACAUAAUAUUAUGCCCAAUAUCCUGUGCCCACCUUAUCAUAGCCGAUUUAACCAUUUCAUCUUGUGUAUUCCAUUCCAACAGCAAGUUAUACAUCCUUGAAAGUAUCUUAAUCUUUGGUUCUAACAAUUCUGUUUUUUAUUAUGAAUAUUCUGUUGGGAGCCUCCCAGAGGGGCUGGGUAAACCCAGCCAGAUGGGCGGGGUAUAAAUAAUAAAUUGUUGUCAUUAUUAUAGAACAACACACCUAUGAAUCAAAGAAUCCUAGAGAGGUAGAGUUGUAAGGGACCACAAGGGUCAUCUAGUACAAUGCAGGAAUCUUUGGUCCCUGGCAUGUGUGCCAUUGCCCCAGGAGCUCAGGUUUCCACUCGCAAAAGACUUGCCAGCCAAGAGAGCCACUCUCAACCCCACCAUGCCCCAAACAGCAGGCCCAGGAGAGGGAGGGAGGCCCGUCCAGGAAUUUUCAUUCAUUAAAAGUGCAUCACAGACAAUAAUCACUUUAACCACUAGAUUAACCAACAAAAGCCUUAGUUUUUGAAGUGCCACAUGGGUAUUAUUUGUCCGCUGGAUAGCUCUCCCUCCGGUUGGCGUUGGACUGGAAGAGGCAGCUAAAAAUAUUUAAACAGCGACCAGUUAUUGUAGCCUGCCUUCGCAGAAUGAGUGUGGUGAACAGAACAGGUCUAGGAACCUGAUGGACCCCUUUGGGCUGGCUGUGUGCUGAUGGACCUAUACAUGGAGGUUCUAUGUUGCUCUGUUUUCUACGUCAUAAAGUUUAUAUACCGCUUGAUGGUUAAAAACAAACAAACAAGCCACCCUCAAAGCAGUUUACAAAAGAGGGAAAACAAUAAAACUAUCACUAAGAAAAAUUAAUGACAACAAUUUACAGCGUUUGACGAGUUGAAAUAGCAACAGACUAAAAACAGGUCGAGACUCCCAUCCGGGUAGGAUGGUCUAAACAGAAAUGGUUUAGAGGCACCGAAAAACAUACAGCAAAGGCGCCAGCCUGAUGUCCGUGUUGCUAUUACAGUGGUACCUUGGGUUACAUACACUUCAGGUUACAUACGCUUCAGGUUACAGACUCCACUAACCCAGAAAUAGUGCUUCAGGAUGAGAACAGAAAUUGUGCUCCGGCGGCACGGCAGCAGCAGGAGGUCCCAUUAGCUAAAGUGGUGCUUCAGGUUAAGAACUGUUUCAGGUUAAGUACGGACCUCCGGAAUGAAUUAAGUACUUAACCCGAGGUACCACUGUACUAUUAUUAUUGCUAUUGUUAGAAUUUAUUACCCGCCCUUCGCCCCAAGAUCCCAGGACAGGUCACAACCAUUUAAAAGCAUCUUUAAUAUUGGAACACAAUAUUAAACAGAGUGUAAGAAGAAUUGCAAAAGCAAGGUGGGUCCUGAAAACAUACACCCGAAGGGUCAGAGGCUAGGGUCAAGGGGUGCGUCUCAAGCAUCCACCAAAAGCUGUACUAUGAAGGCACCAGAUGCACCUCUGGGGAGGGAGUUUCGCAACUUGGGGGCUGCUACAGAGAAGGCCCUCUCUGUUCUCCUGGGCCACCCCAAAGAGAGCACACACACACACACAUACCCUGCAGAUUUGGCACCCAAGAGGGUCUGUAGGGAAGGAGGCGAUCUUUCAGGUAUUCCAGGUGUUCUGCCUUCCCUGCUGGGAGCAGCACUGCCUCUGCAUACCAGUAUCUGGAAACCACAGGAGGGGGGAGGGCUUUCCUGCACGGAUCCUGCUUAUGGACUACCUGUGUGAGAAUAGGAUGCUGGAGUGUAUGGACCCGUGGCCUCAUCCAGCAGGGCUCUUUUCAUCUUCUUACGAUGGCAGCCGUGAUGGAGGCCUUGGUCAGCAUUUCUGAGUCACGGGCGGCUCUGAUUUUAGGUUCCCGUGACCUUUGAUGACGACGCAGCAAGCUUCUCCCCCCAGGAGUGGGCCAGUUUGGAAGACUGGCAGAAGGAACUCUACCGGAAUAUCACCAAGGGGACAUACGAACCGCUGGUCUCCCUGGGUAAGUGGCUGGCAUUUCUUUCUCUUUCCUUUUCUUUGUAAAGUUCUUUAUUUCGUUUCAUUUCCUAACAUUCACAAAACAGAGAGAACAAGUCGUGGCAAUGGACGGAUAUUAAGAGAUGAAAAAUAAAGCCCCGUUUAGGGAAGUUUUUUAUGUUUGAUGUUUUAUCGUGUUUUUACUCUUCUGCUGGGAGCAACCCAGGGUGGCUGGGGCAUAAAUAAUAAAAUUAUUAUUUUUAUUAUUAACUACAUUAUUAUAUAACUAUAUAACUAUUGUUAUUAUUAUUAUUAUUAACUACAUUAACUACUAUUAUUAUUAUUAACUACAUUAUUAUUAUUAACUACAUUACAUUAUUAUUAACUGCCUAUUAUUAAAAUAGGCACGUAGCAUGCGCAGAGCUUUGCAUGGGUUAAAAUAACCCAAGUCCAAGUAAAGUCUAUCAGUGUUAUCAGAGCAUCAAAUAUAGUUCCAGAUUUGCUAGGUUCAGAUAGUUCCAGAUUUCAAGACAACGGGGGUUGUCUUGAAAAUGAUGGUUCUGCUGCAUGUGUCAUAAAAGAACGCCAAAUCCAACGAAAAGUCCCUGGAGGUUCUAGUCCUUGUCAAAAUCUCAAAUUCUCCAUGAUGGCUCCAUUGCAGAGUGAGUGUUGCCAAACGCCUAAUGUUAGGAUUUUGGGUUGUUCUCCACUGAAUUGCAAUUACUGUUUGUGCUGCCCAGAUCAUAUGCAAGACCAGUUCUUUGGACAAGAGGCUGGCAUUCCUUGGAAAAAGGAGUGGAGCUGCCGGGUUUGUUGUCCGUCAGAUUUCCCCUCAGUGACAGUGACUUUCAGCACCUGCUUUCUGAUCUGCUUCCCCAAACAGACUCUGCCAUUUCCAAAGCUGACAUCCUCCCACCAAUGGGACAAGCGGAGCCUUCCCGUGCCGCGGAUCACGAAUUUGUGGGGGGCAAGGGCUUCCCUGCAGAGCCCAGAGCAGGUGAGUCGAAUUUGGAAGGUGGGUAAUAAAGACUUGCCAUCGUGGUUAAAGCAUCUGUCCUGCCCUGUCACUUGCGGACAGCACAGAAAGGUGGGGGGGGGGGACAAACUGAACGGGAAUGAAAUAUGCAAACAGUGAGUGUAGGGCUAAAGUGCUGCUGGGCCACAUGCAGGUCUGCUGGGGCUCACACCUGCCCAGAAGGUACAUUCCCCAAAGUUAAAUCCUUGGAGCCUAAUCCCAGAAGUGAGAGGCCUGGCGGACACAUUCAGGGGUGAGGAAAGGAGGUGCACAUCUUCUGUGGCCGGGUGCCGAAAUCCGAUCUGGGCCUUCAAAGGAAAACAAAGCUCAUGCAUAAAUCUAGCCAGCAUCUCGGUCAGUUUUCCGCCAGCGUUGCUGCUUUUCUCUGAAACUUGCAAGUGUUCUGCAUCCGUUGCAAUGCGCCUGUUGCUCUCGUUGCCAGAAGCGGAUCCCUUGCCUUCCAAGGAGGACCUCUUGACCUGGAUUAAGCAGGAAGAGCUUCCCGGGAGAGGGAAAUGGGACCUGGAGCGAGAGAUCCCACCAGUUCUCAGCUAUGGUGAGUGUGCCUGGCAUUAGAUAUGAUUCCUGCAUUGCCCUUGGGGUGACUUCUGUGAUUCUGUGCCCUGAAAGGCAGGGAUCUGGUUUCCAGGUUAUCCUGUUGUUUCAUUUUUUUAAAAAAAUAUCCCUCCUUGUUUACGUAAUAUCUAAAUUAUGUCUGCGCCUCUUUCCAUAUUAACUGGAUUGUAGCCGCUUUCUUAAUCAGAGGAAUUCCGGUGCUGCUUUAGAUCAGCUGUUGCCGACCAACUUGACGCCCUCCGGACGUUUUGGCUGCAACUUCCAGCGGCUCAGCCUUCCCCUCCCCUCUUCCUCUGGGCUGGGAGGAAGACUUUGCACUGAGUUUCACUUCCGCGCUGCUUUGUCGUGUUGUCAAAGGGGCUUAAAACAAACUGUGGUUAGUUUCGAAAGCCAGGGUGACAUCCCCAGGGCUUGACCUUGGCUUGUUUUGAAACGGACCAGGGUUUAACCCCGCCUGCUUCCCAGGUCACAGCAGGCCAAAUAUUCUGAAACCGAAAGGACAAGCUGGCAAAGUCUUUCUUCCCAGUCACGUGGGGAAAAGGAGGAGGGAGGGGAACUGUGCCAGCCCAAGGCUUUGCUCAGGCACAUUCCAGCUCCUGCUUGCCGUGCUGUGCGAAGGCUUAGCAGGAAAUGCAAACGGACCGGGCUUCCGGGCUCUCGAUUCUCCAGGCAGACAAGGAUAUUGUGAAUCUUCUUCAAUUAACCACACCAAUCGUGGCAUUUAAGGAAACAUCACGGGGCCACAGCGGCAGCCUCUGGGGCACCCAGAAAAGUGGAGUCCACAUGCCUGUGAAUUUCACAUGCUUCUAUAGAGGCCGUCACUCGCCUUAGCUUAACAUGCGCAUAGAAAUUAAGUCACAUUCCCAGAGGAAAAGCAGGCCUGCGUUGUCAAAUCUGGGUGCCCAGUUCAGCAGGAACAAGGUGCCCUAACUCUUACUGAGCCAGUUCAAGGCUGAGUUUUUCCUGCACAAACCUUCCUAACAUAGAUUCUCCACCCAAUCAGAUUCUUCACACAGUCUCCUUUUAUGCACUCUCUUUUUGCAUCUCUUCACACGCAGGCUGCCUAGAAUUCCCACCACAGUGUAAUAAUAAUAAUAACAAUAAUUUUAUUAUUUGUAUACCGCCCAUCUGACUCGGUUUCCCCAGCCACUCUGGGCAUCUCCCAACAGAAUAUUAAAUACACGAUAAAACAUCAAACAUCACAAACUUCCUUAAAGAGGUCUUUUGCUAUCACAUGCUGGCGAGAUCAUUUUAACUGGAGAUGCUGCAGAGACCUUUUUCAUGAAAACCUGGGCAUAACCACUCAGUUAUAGCCCUCCCCCCCCAAAAAAAAACUAUUAUUGUUAAGCAGACGUGAUGUUCACUAAAACCUCUUGAGCUCCCUCCAAAAUAUUUCUGAUAUUUAAUAAUAAUAAUAAUAAUAAUAAUAAUAAUAAUAAUAAUUUAUUUGUACCCCACCCAUCUGGCUGGGUUUCCCCAGCCACUCUGGACGGCUCCCAAUCCAGUGUUAAAAACAGUACAGCAUUAAAAAUUAAAAACUUCCCUGAACAGGGCUGCCUUCAGAUGUCUUUUAAAUAGAAGAUAGCUGCUUAUUUCCUUCACAUCUGAAGGGAGGGUGUUCCACAGGGAGGGCGCCACCACCGAGAAGGCCCUCUGCCUGGUUCCUUGUAACCUCACUUCUCACAGGGAGGGAACCGCCAGAAGGCCCUCGGCGCUGGACCUCAGUGUCUGGGCUGAACGAUGGGGGUGGAGACGCUCCUUCAGGUAUACAGGACCGAGGCCAUUUAGCGCAUAGUCAGUCUCUGGAACUCUCUCCCGCAGGAGACAUUGAUAGCCACCAACUUGGAGGGCUUUAAAAAAUGGAUUAAACAGAUUCGUGGAGGAGAAGAGGGCUCGCCAGGGCUACUUGCCACAAUGACUGUGCUUAGCUUCUGUCGUCCUCCCCAGUUGCUGGAAACCUCAGGAGGGGAGAUGGUUGGUUUUGUGUGCGAAUCCUGCUUGCGGUUUUCCCUUUGGAUGGGCACUGUGAGAACAGGAUGCCGGAGUAGAUGGGCCACUGGCCUGAUCCUGCAGGCUCCCCUUUAGGUCCUUAAUCCUUGCCUGUUCCCUUUUCUGCCUCCCCCAGAUGACAGCGCUAUGAUCAAGCGCGAAGAGCGUAAUCUGAGGGCGGCUCCCAAGCUCCCUCUGCCUGCCCAGGGGCUGCUGCUGCCCGGGAUGGCCAGCGAAGACGUCUUCCAGGCCCCCAAGCCGGACGGAGGCUGUGAGAGGCAGGGCUGCCCUCAGGGGGAGAAACCGGCCCCUCCUGCACAGAGGCCCGAAGAGGAGCACCCCCCGAGGCCAGGGGGCUGCUGCGAAGGGCCGGAGGCGGCAGCCCCUCCGGACGCCAGCCCCAAGGGAGACCCCUUCCCCUGUGGCAAGUGCCGCGACGGCCUGGUCUACGAGCAGCGCUUCCCCUUGCCCCAGGGCGCCCACACGGGGGGUGAGGAGUACAGCGAAGGCGCGACGGCUGAGCCUGGCCCACAGCAGAUCUUGGAGCCCGACGGUUCCUGCGCAGACUACAAAAGCGGCUUUGGGGACCAGGCCUUAUCCCAGGUGGCAGACAGACUCCACACCUGUUCGCUGUGCCCCAAAAGCUUCCGUCUGAAGACCAGCCUGCUAAUCCACCAGCGGACGCACACGGUGGGCAAGAGCGAGAGCGCCUUCGUCUGCGCCGAGUGCGGCUGCGGCUUCAGCCACCAGGGCCAGCUGACCCGGCACCAGGCGGUCCACGCCGAUCGGCCGCACCAGUGCUCGGAGUGCCCCAAGGCCUUCAACCGCAAGUCCAGCCUGGCGGUGCACCUGAAGACACACCGCGAGCGGCCCCGACCCUUCCACUGCCCGCAGUGCGCCAAGACCUUCAUCCGCAAGCAGCACCUCGACGACCACACCCGCACGCACACGGGCGAGAAGCCCUACCAGUGCCCCGAGUGCGAGAAGCGCUUUGCCGAGAAGUCCAAGCUGACCAACCACUACCGCAUCCACACGGGCGAGCGCCCCUACCGCUGCGGGCAGUGCGACAAGCGCUUCGUCCGCGCCCACCACCUGGUCAAGCACCAGAGCAGCGUCCACCAGGCCGGCGCCAAGACGCACGCCUGCCGCGAGUGCGGCCAGACCUUCCCCCACGCCCAGGCCUUCAUCAGCCACCAGGCCAGCCACGCCAAUGGUGAGAGGCGCCACCGCUGCACCGAGUGCCUUAGGACCUUCGCCCGCCGGAAGUACCUGCUGGAGCACCAGCGCAUGCACACGGGCGAGAACCCCUACGCCUGCCUCCACUGUGGGAAGCGCUUCCGCUACAAACAGUCGCUCAAGCAGCACCUGCGGCUGCACGGCGGCGAGCAGGCGCCCGCAACACCCAUGCCUGGCCCCGAGCAGGCCCUGGCACCCGGCGGCAGCAGCAACAAUGCCCCACUAGAGAAAUCUCUCUUCCCCACCAGCCUUUCCAGCGGGACCUGAGGGCACGCUGCAAACAGACAGCGCCCCCAAAUGGACAGGCGGACCGCAAAGCCAGAAUCCCGUUUGCAACCUCGAACCUCCCUUUGGCAUACGCUCCCGCUGCCAACCAGGGCUGAAGCUCCAAGUGGGUGAGCGACUGUCCGAGCGCUUUUGCACCCUGCUCACCACGUUUCGUAUUCCAGAAAUGCUUCGAGAGUGAGAUGGAACAAUCGAGAACGUUGGCCGGCGCUGGCGCUUUCUGGCAGUUGCCGGAACCGUCUCAGCGUUCAGUCUUGGGCAACAGGAUGCCUGAGAUGUGGUUGUGUGAAUCGGUCCUGUCCAGUCGUCAUUCGGUCUCUGUACUGUGGGUGGAGCGAGGAUGCCAAUCGUUGCUCUGCAGCCUCACAGCUUCCUCUGCCUGUGAACGUCCACAGAGAGAGGCAGGCAGGCAUUGCAGGCUCCCAGCUCAGAUCCACGUGCCCAGCAGCCUUGGAGAAGCUGCACACUCUCUCUCCGACCAGCCUGCUUGACAGGUUCGUCGUACAGAUGCGCCGAAAGGGGAACGGUGCUGCGGAAAGGAGAUUUGAAGAACAAGAAAAGGCAGGAAGGCGGACCAGAGAAGUUUGUGCAUCAGGGCUGACCCAUUCCAGUACCCCAAACUGAGGAGAAAUAUAGUGCGAGAGGAGCCUUCUGACUGGUGGGGGCAUUAGAAGUAAGCCCAGGCAGCUCUGUGGGGCACGAUGGACUGCAGCGGUUGUAGGGAAAGGGGGUGGUUCCACUGAGGCUGAGCAAAACAGCUGACAUGUUUCUGAUUUGCCUGCCUGCCAGAACGUGAAAUCGGCUCUCCUGCAAAUAGUUUUGCCUGGGCACCCAGAGACCAACAUUAACCCGUCUCUUCCUACAAGCUUCCCUCUGAGGUGCAAUACCUGGGAUCUGCUCUGCCCCAUAGCUUUCCCCACAUCACAGUCUACACCCCCCACCCCACCCCAUGCUCCUUGAUCUCCCAUUUUCCUGCCUAGAUCACCCUGUGCGCCAAAAGUCUACAACCCCACUGGCUUUUUCUCUAGGUUUUUGGUGCGUUUCCUUCUUUUUAAAAAACAAAACAAAACACGGGCUUUUACACAUCCUUUAAGUCUGCUCUGCUUCACCCCUCUGCCAAUUUAGCAGGUUGCACGAUUUCUGGAGCAGCCGCUGUUCGGAGUCUCUCUUUCGCUGCACGCGUUUGGUGACAAGGCAGCCUGAGCGUUCGUCGCAAGACAGAGCCCGGUGGGGAUUUGCAGAAGGCAAAGAAGAAACCAAAGAUGUAAUGAAGGAGCCGUCUUAGAGAAGGACUGGGCUGAGGUGUCCAAGAGGCCCAAAUGCCAGGGCAAGUCGAGACCACUGGGGCACCUUCCAUCCUGAACUUGCCCAAUCUUCUGCACAGACUGCAAUAUAUAUUUAAAAGAAGCACACGGCGCUUGGGGGGCCUGGCACUCCUGCUCAGCAGCCUCAGCUGCAAAAAUUGCAAUUUUAACUUUUAGCUUUUUUCAAAAAACAAAAACAAAAAAAGGGAUAUUAAUAAAGAUUUUGUAUCGGUUCUUUGGAUAAUGGCUAAA